AUGGUGAAUAGUAGACAUGACGAAGAUUUAAAUAAACACGGACUCCUUCCCUGUCUAAGCAAAGCCGCGAAGCCCCCACUCAGCAAGAGGAAGGGCUGUCCGUUGAAGUUGGCGGGCGCCAAGCUGCACCGCAAAGCAUCCCAUGUAGGCUGUGCCCGUGUCCCUGGCAUGGCCAACAAAGAGAAUGAGCUAACCUGCUCCGGUGACUCUCGGGGCAGCUACCACAAUGACAGCCCCCCUGUGAGGGCUGCAGACGGGUCCAAGAUGGCCGCUGCCAGUUCCAAAUACACUGACUUAAAUGAGCUGUCAAAGGAUCAUGAAGCAAUGAGUCAAGUCUUAUUUGGAAGAAGUCUCCGGCUCAAAGUUGCCCUCAGCCUUUGGAGAAGAAAUGCCAAUGAACUGGUGGCCUACCUUAUCAGAAUCCAAGACGCAGGAGUGCUGCUCGACUGCUUACCUGUUUUAACUCAUAACCUUCAAACAGAAUCAACGUGUUUGUCUCUUGGCUGCUGCGUCGACAUCAUGCCACAAGUGAAGUUGAUGAUCACCAGUAAAUACGAAGAGCACAUUUUGGUUGCUUUACUUUGGGUUCAGGCCAUCGUCAGGAAAUGGUGGCCAGAACUCUCAAAGACGGACAAAAGACUGCAGGACAGUUGUUCAGAGGACAGGAAUAUUGAAGUCAUGAAGCAACGUCUAAAAGACUUGUGGAAGGAGGGAUCUCGGUUGACAGCGCUCCCAGGAUCCACAGGCGAUCUGGCAAAGGCUCUGGAGGCUUACCUCUCUCAACUCCCUUGA